AUGACAACAACACCAGCAGCAGCAGCAGUCUUCGGCUGCACGGGCGCAGUCGGCUCUCAAAUCCUAUCAACCCUCCUCACCACCGAACAAUUCCAAUCUGUGAAAACCAUCUCCAGAAGACUUCCAAACACGCAAUCUCCGAAAUUACAAUCCCUUCAAGAACCCGACAUCUUCCAAUGGGCCGGUAUGAUAUCCACCCUAACCCCCAAACCAACAACUGUCUUCAACGCAGUCGGCACAAUGGGAAAUGGUCCAGGCGGCCUCGCCAACCAAUGGAAGAUCGACCACGACUCCGUCAUUGACAAUGCCAAAGCCGCCAAAGCGGCCGGUGUGAAAACAUACGUUUUCAUUUCUAGUGGUGGAACUAGGAGUCUGCUUUGGGGGUGGGUCCCGUAUUCCCGGAUGAAGGUUGGUGUUGAAGAUGCCAUCAAGGCGAUGGGAUUCGACACUGCUAUUAUUCUUCGUCCGGGUAUGAUUAUUGGUCGGGAGAACGCCAAGGUUGCCUUUUUGGAGAGGUUUAUGGAGAGUUUGAAUAAGUUGGGCCAGGGUGUUCAGGAUAAGAUUGGUGAGGCUUUUGAUUGUUCGCGUCUACACUAUGUAUGCAUGCUAAUGUGGAAGACAGCUGCGGAUCAGACUGUUAUUGGUCGGGCGGCUGUGGCAGCUGCUCGAGUGGCUCAUGAUGGGAAUGCACCGUCGAACUAUUGGGUUGUUGAGCAACCUGAUAUUAUUCGACUUGGGAGAGAUGAGUGGAAGGAGUAA